UCAGUCUCACUAGAGUGUUCCGCAGAGAAGGAGGGUACGGGUUUGUUUCGAGAAUGUUUUCCAAACUCUUAUCGCUGGGCCUGUGUCUGGGUCUGGGGCUCAUCGCGCUAUGUGCGCAGUUGGCCACCGCCCGUCCCCAGAAUCCCUACUACGUGGAGAGCUCGCGCAGCGGCGAGGGCGGCUACGGACAGUCCUCAAGGCAUCAGCAUCAUAGUCAUAGGCGAAGCCAUGGAUCUGGCCCGGGAUUCUCUGGCGGACAUGGCCCUCCACAGCAGCCAGGUUUUGGUGGGAGGUUCCCACAACCUUCGGCCCACUACGAUCCCUAUAACCAACAGCCUGGCAGUCCCUUCCGCGGACAGCAGCCUGGGGGCUUCCGUCCCCACCCCGGACAGGGAGGCCGACAUCCUGGUGGAGAUUUCCACAGAGGACAAAAUGGAUUUCAACAGCCAGGAGGAUACCAGCCAGGACAAGGUCAAGGAGGUUUCCAACGGCCAGGUGAAGGAGGUUUCCAGCAGCCAGGACAAGGUCAGGGAGGAUUCCAGCAGCCAGGCCAAGGUCAGGAAGGAUUCCAGCAGCCAGGACAAGGUCAAGGAGGAUUCCAGCAGCCAGGCCAAGGUCAGGGAGGAUUCCAGCAGCCAGGUCAAGGUCAAGGAGGAUUCCAGCAGCCAGGACAAGGCCAGGGAGGUUUGCAGGAGCCAGGUCAAGGUCGAGGAGGAUUCCAGCGGCCAGGUGAAGGAGGAUUCCGUCAGCCGGUGGCAAAACAACCAGACAGUCCUGGAAAUUCUCUUUCAGAUCAAGAUGAGGGCUUUCAGAAGCCGCAGCCAGGCAGUGGAGGGAAUCCUAUCCAGCCUCGUCCAGGACAGAGCCAGCAGCCGGGUUUCCAGCAGCCAGGAGGCGCUUCAAAUCCCAUCCAGCCUCGUCCAGGCACUGACGGCGAGGAUUUCUCCCAGUUUCACUUCCAGACACCCAACACGGUACAGCCCCGACCAGGUCAAGGCCAAGAGCAGCCCGGGCAAGGGGGCAGCACCAUCCAGCCGAGACCAGGAGGUGGCUCUUCCCCGACAGAUGAUGGCGAUGCUUUGAAGGAUAUUUUCAACACCCACGACUUCCUGUCGCCCAGCCUGAAUCAAGGCGGAGGCCACAGGGAUCCCAAGUCGGAGACCGAGGAAGCCGUACCGUCAUCCGUUAACCAGCGCAAUCUCUUCAAUACGGAUCCCAUUUGCACGGACGGAACCGUUCUCAUGGCGGGACGUUGUCGCAAAGCGGCCUAGGGCUACGACAACAUGGGAGCUAUCAUGACUGGUCGUUUCGUAUGUCAACAUCUAUUUUCAUAAAUGCAUCAUCGUUGUCUUUUAUAUCAAUAAAAUUGGCUUAAUUCUGAGUAAUCGAAAUUGAA